CCUGUUUCAAAAAAAGAAUCAUGUCUAAGCAGUUAAGGCAUCUCCUCACUUGGCAGUAGCUUCCUCCGACAGGCCUCCUGACCUGUGCGGAUCAUGGCCUCCAUGAUCGUCCAUACCGGGCGUAGUUCUUCCUCUUCUUCUUCUUCCACCUCACGUAGGCGGAUCUUGAAGCUGUUAGUCGCCAGAGACCAGUCAGGGAGCGAGCACGUGGUAUCCGCUGAGGCCGAGAAGGGCGCUGCCGACUACCUCUUCAGCCUCCUCAGCUGGAGCAUGCCGGUCAACACCCUUAUCAAUGUGCUCAGCAGGAACCCCAUGGUGGGCUGCGUUCGAAACCUGUACGACAGCGUCGAGACGCUCCCCAGCAGCUUCAUCUGCCACCGCGACGCCAGGGCUGCCAGGGACGCCCUACUCAGGCCCACGGACUCUAGCAGCCGCCCCGGUGGGUUUGUGUUAGCAGGCGUCAAUUACGUGGUCAGGGACGACCUCAGUAUUACUCCCCCGUCCAAUAUCACAGCCGGCCUCACCAUGCUCAACAACCGUGCCUUCCUCCGCGAGAUGGUCGUCCCACUUGGCGACAUCCAGGGUGCCCAGAUACUGAACAAAUCAAUGGUGACCAGGAGGGUUCUCACACAUGUCUACCUUCGGGGCCCGAGGGCUUUAACCGCGCCAUGAAUUAUCUUUGCGAGGCAUUUCCCCACCAGAGUCUAUGUCCUUGCCUCAUUGCUGUGUGUGUUUUGGUCUUAUAUAUAUACUUUGGGAUUUCAGGCAUGUUCAGUUGUCCUGUACUCGGGUAUAAUGUCAGUCUGUGUUGAUCACCAGAUUAUUAGUACCAUGGUUUAUGAAUAAAGGCAAAAGGACUUAUUAUUA